AUGAUCUCUUCAGUUGACACAGCAGAUUUAUUAACAGAAGAGGCAUCUAGUACGAAAGAUAAAACAUAUAUUAGUGCAUUCUUUAUUACAGCUCCAGUCUUUAUUGGAUACGCAUGCUGUUUUUCAUUGCAGCACAGACUUGGUAAUGUUUUUGGAUUAGCAGAUGGUGCUGCAGGUAAUUCAAGAUCAUACUACUACGGAAUUGGCACAUCUUUUGUUUACUUUUUCAAUUUAAUAUUUAGAGUUAUCGGCCACAAUUUACUUUUUGGCUGCUUCUCACCAAGAGUGAGGGUCAUUAUUGCUUUAGCUAGUAUGAUUGUUGGACAAACUAUGCUUAGUGUUGUUGCAAUGGCAAAAUCACCUCCUCACCUUGCCUGGGUAUUCAUUUCAUACGCUUUUUGCGGUGUAUGCGAAGGAUCAUACUGUCCAAAUAUGUUUAACGUUGUGAACAAUUUAGGCAAGACACGCCAACAAGUUGUUACUGCAAUCCCAUUUGGAGUUUCUUUGAUUACAAUUUUAGGUUUUGCUCUAUUUUCUUUUGGCAUGCCUUUCCAAUUGUGCUACAUGUUUACAUCAGUAUGCACAUUUGGCGCAAUUAUUCUUUACCUUAUUAAAAUUUAUCCAGUGGCAAAUACUUCUGCCAGCACAUUUAGCUUUAAGGACUUCUUCAAUGAUUUCAAGAAUAUCAAAGAAUGGUUCCCAAAGAUUUGGGGACAUUGUUUGGUUUUCAUCAUUAACAUGUUUUGCUUAUCGCUAUUCAAUCCAGGAUGCACACUCUAUGCGUUCAAUGAGCGUGUUCAUUAUAAGCUUUUGGGCUUCACACUUCCACAUGAUGCUUUCAUUCUCACUUGCAAUAUCGGAAAUUUCCUUGGUGAUCUUCUCUCACGUAUUGUCAUGGAUAGAAAACGUAUUAUUAAUCCUAUGUUUUUCUUUAUCCUCCUUAUAUUCGGAAUUAUCACUAAUUUGGCAUUAAUUCCAGAAAUCACCCCAUUGGCAUCCUUUGUAUUUGGAUGGGCAAAUGGUGGACUUUAUACACAAACCACUAAACUCAUCGGACUCUUGUUCGUUGACAAGUAUCAUUUAACUGCAAUGAGUACUUGGUUAUUCGUUGGUGAUAUUGGCUCUACUUCAGGUUCAAACUGUGUUCAGCCAAUGCGCCCUGUUCUUGUAGGUAUAAAGCAAAUAGAGUAUUAG